UGUGAAAUUUCCAAAUCGACGUGAAUCACCUUUACAUCCAAAACCACAAGUGUUAUGCCCUUAUGUGAAAUAGUUUGAAGUUCAUCGACCAUGAUGUCAAUCCGAAAUAGUUUGUGCCUUCUAAACAUCAUUUGUCAUGUCACAUUAUUGUUGGCAUUAAAAGUAAAACCUGGGUCAAUUAAACCUGAUAUUGGAUUACCAACAGGACUGAUUAAAUUACACCCACCAGGCAAUGUAACAACAGGUUAUGUUGGGACGUAUAACAUAUAUAUUUAUUGGUAUGAACCUGAAAACUACCAUCUGAAAAUACCUUUCUUCAUGGAUCUAUCUAGUGUUGAUCCCAUUGACAGACCUAAGCCUACCAGUGGAAACCAGUUGUCUUCUCAUUCCAGUCCUGAAAAUACAUACCAUGUAGUUACAGGGAAAACAGAAGCUGGAACCAGUACAGAAGAGAAGAUGAAUGAAACAACCUGGUUUGGACAUGAACUGGUUCCUUUUCACAAGGCUCACUUAAUAGAAUACAUGGUAAAAUGGAAGGAAAAUGGAACAGAAACAAACACUACAAAUGUUAAUUUGUCCAAGAAUGAAACAGAGUACCACAUCAAAGACUUACAGCCAGACACCACAUACCAGAUUUCAGUGACAGCCUACUAUAAGAGUGUAACAUUUAUGAAGAGUGAAGACAUUUAUGUAACAACAUUAGCAAUACUAAAUACAACUUCAACUUCUAUACCAGAUGAAGGUUGUUAUUGUGAUCCAUAUGGUGCAAAGGAAAACGGGAAAAAAUGUCUCAAAGUUAAAAUGUAUCCAAAACUCUUGAUUCCUCAGUGUGACUGUAAGCAAGGUCAUAGUGGAUUGUUCUGUGAGAAUUGUGCACAUACAUAUUUUAGAACACAAAGACGUCAUCCCUGUUAUCCAUGUCCGUGCAACAGAUCAGUCUCUACUGGAUUGUGUGAUUUUGAUGAGGAUAAACUCCAGUGCAUAGGGUGUAAAGAAGGAUAAGGAGGAAGGCGGUGUGAGAAAUGUGUAGAUGGAUAUUUCCGUCUCUCGUCAGAUGAACAUUGUAGGAAAUGUAUGUGUUAUGGCAGAUCAAAUUACUGUGACAGGGCAGGCCAUUGCAUAGCAUGUGAAGACAAUACAACUGGUUACAGCUGUGAAAGAUGUGAAGAUGAUUACAUAGGAGACCCAAUGCAUAAUAGACCUUGUAUACAUAAAGGUGAG